AUGGGUUGUUUAUAACCAAAAAAGCUAAAUAGGAUAGUGGCAAUGCAAACAACAAAUAAAGAUCUUGUAUUCACUUCUACUGCCGAUAUUCAUAAACUUUAUUCAUUUGGUAAAGUUUUAGGGAUUGGUGCUUUUGGUAAGGUAUUAGUAGCAAAAAUGAGAAACAAUAAUUCUAAACAAUAUUCAAUAAAGAUGAUAGAUAAGAGAAAGGUAAGAGGAAGAGAGGCAAUGCUUGCUAAUGAAAUAUAUGUUCUACAGAAAUUAGAUCAUCCUAAUAUAAUUAAAUUUUAUGAAGUUUAUUAAAAUGAAUUAUACUUUUAUAUAAUAAUGGAUUACUGCGAAGGUGGUGAAUUGGUGGAACGUAUACAAAAAAGUUAAAAAAACUUAAGUGAAGGGCAAGUUUAGACAAUAAUAUUUAAAGUAAAUAUUGUAUGCAAACUAAGAUCUGUUCAGCAAUUAUGUACAUCCAUGAAUAGGGGAUUAUACAUCGUGAUAUAAAACCCGAGAAUAUAUUAUUUUCAACAAAAGAUUUAAAUGCAGAACCAAAAUUAAUAGAUUUUGGAUUGGCUAUAAAAUUUGACUCUAGCAAUCUUAAGUAUCGACAAAUUAAAUUAAUUAGAUAACUCAAAGCUGCUGUAGGUACUCCUUUGUAUUUGGCACCAGAAGUGAUUGAAGGUAAAUACAAUGAAAAAUGUGAUGUUUGGAGUUUGGGUAUUUUACUUUUUCAUUUACUAUGUGGUUAUCCACCAUUUUAUGGUAAGAAUAGAUAAGAUCUAUAUGAAAAUAUACAAUAUUAAAAUGUAAAGUUUAGUUAUCUAAUUGUAGUUGAUUUUUGAUAGGAGACAUUGGAAUAAUGUUAGUGAUGAAGCAAAAGAUUUGAUAAAAAAGAUGCUGAAUAAGAAUCCUAACAUAAGACCAAGUGCAAAGGAUUGUCUUCGUCAUUCUUGGUUCCGAAGAAAAUUUCAGAAUCCAGUUAAAUUGUAGAGGGGAAGAACAGCUACAAUAUUAAUUAAAUCACCUUAAUCUGAUGAUUAAAGAUCAAUUUACUAGAUGCUGAAAACAUUUAGAAUAGGAGCUAAAUUUAAGAAAGAAGUAAUGAAAGUGUUAGUCAAUUAAAUGAAUGAGAAAGAAUUAGGGAGAUUGAAAUAUGUAUUUUAAAAAAUAGAUGUUGAUAAUUCAGGAACCAUCACUGUGUAGGAAUUAAAAGAAGCAUUGAUGGAAGAAGUAUUGAUUAUUUAAUAUAUUUAGGGAUCACAAAUAAGUCAUGAAGAAAUAGAAUAGUUGAUAUAACUUGUAGGUUUUGAAUUUUUAGAAGAAGAUAAAGAUGAUAAUGAUUGUGCAUCAACUACAAAAUCUACCAAACCACUAGUCAUCAAAUAUAGUGAUUUUCUAGCUGCUUGUAUUGAUGAACGUAGAGUCCUAACUAGAGAAAAAGUAAAUUUUAGUGUAUAAUCUUAGUUAUGGUCUGUUUUUAAAUAUUUUGAUACUUAAGAUGCCAAUUUUAUUAUGAAGGAGGAUAUUAAGGAAGCAUUAGCAAGACAUGGAAGAUAAUUAUCAGAUGAAAAAAUAGAUGAAAUGAUUUAUGAAAUCGAUCCUAAUCAUGAUAACAAAAUUAGUUUUGAAGAGUUCUGUUAAAUGAUGGGUGUUGCUGGUGUAGAAUAAACUAUGGACUUUAAGGAUGAAGUAAAAGAACCCCUAAUUUUUCAACAAUCUCAAGAAUGA